GAAUUGGAGAAUGGGAGGAGUGCUGACCGGCCCUCCCCUCUCGGAGGAGCAAGCAAAGACAACAGUGAGGGUGAUAGAUGCUGUUCACAGCAUCGGUGGCUUCGCUGACGAGGCUACGUCCCCCAUUCCCUUCAUGAGCAUGUCCGAUGACCAACUCAAGCAAAUCGACGACUUCUACCUUUCUACCGAAGGGGUACGCAACGCGCACACGCACACACACAUCAUCGCACCGUCACGAGCAGGCAAUGCACUGUGUUCUGUCAGGGGAUCAUUCCGGAGAAGCAUGACGAUUUCGUGGGGAUGUGUCGAGCCACGUGCAUAAACUAUUUGCAGGAGAAAAAACAGAAGAUGGUGCGGAAACACGGCCCGGCCGCCGUCCGGUGAGCAAAGCAGUCGGUGUGCAGCAUUCCCCUUUCUCAGGUGUGUGUGAUCUCAGGAAGCUGGAGGAGCGUGUUGGCCGCCCUCUCGUGCCCCCCGAGUUAGAGAGGGAGCUGACCGCGGUGUACCCGCUCUUCGUCGACACGCCGGAGCGCUCAGAGGGAACGGCGCUCGAAGCGGCAGGACAACGCGACAUGCAGACGGGGGCGACAGGGCAACACAUGGAGCAUCCAGUCGGUGCGGAUUUCCAUUCCGCCGCUCGCGAGCCUCUCCUCCCGCCGAGGUGAUCAAGUGACGAUUAGCAUGUCUGCUUCAACCCGAUUCCGCUACCCAUGGACAAGGCACCGGCAACCUGGUGCACAGGCAGCCAGCGACUGACGGGGGUACCAUCCUCCGCCCUUCAUCGUCAGUGCAAGCCCUUCAUCGGCGCCGACGUCAACCCCAUCCGCUGCCAGCGCCAGCUGGUGUGGUGUUGACGGAGUAUGCGGUAGUGCUCAACAAGUUACUGGGUCCCCAUGUCACGGGACUGUCAAUGCCGCCCUCGCCCCCCACCGCUCACUCGCGGCCGUCCUUAUCCACCUGCUGCCCCUCGCACCACCUGCCCGACGCUAAUCUCAUGAUCGGCUCACUCGGCUGGCGCAUCGCAUCAGACCUCUUUGAUGCAGAUGCCGCCCUGGAGGCUACCAGCGAGGCCAUCGGUGCGGCAUGAUACUGCACGACUGCAUGGGCGGCUGAUUGGCGGGCUGGGGCGGGGCAGUGGGACGGGUGUGACGGUGUUGUGAAUUCACGCUCGUGCUGGUAAGGUAUGUAUGCGUUGUGUGCCGGAUGACAUUUCAUGACUGAUGAAUGCUGCUUUCAAGGCUGGCGUGUGGAUGCACAUCCACAUGCACACGGGAUUGUGGCCAGUCAGUGCAUGGGAGCCAGCCACCCUUCUCACGGACAUGCACUCGUCCAUCCACUUGUCCAUCC